AUGACUGCGGGUUCCCGUGACCAUUUGCGACCCAACCAGGUCAAUCAGCGUUCUGGCCAUGACCAUGACCAGCACUCCCAACCUCCCCGACAUUUUCCUCUCUCGCGUUCUUUGUCGUUGCACACUCGCUUCCAUGGCCCCACUGAUGAAACGCCCGAUCUAACCACCAAACGCUCCUUAUUGCACCGCGCCCGACGAUCCGUCUUAAGCUUCAGCUCACCCAGCCCCCAAGCUUCUGAAUCUCCCUAUGCUUCAAAGAGGCGCAGACAGGACGAAUUACACCAAGAUCGCCCUGAUGUGAAAAGAGCAAUGCCAUCAAGUCUGGCUUAUUCUGGAGCGACCAGAACCCUAAAUGAGAAUAAUCGCUCUCACAAUGGCAGUCUCAACGGUACUCAUCGGGGGGCCGAGGACAAGUCCUCGGGGGACGAGGGCCGCCCAAAGAACGAGGAUGUGUUUCUGAAUAUUGCGAGAACCGAUUCCGGUCGGCGCGACUCCAUAGGACGCUCAGAUUUCAGACGGUCACGGCUGGGUUAUUCUAGCCAAAGUCUACGGUCGCCAACGACAGAACAAACCCCCUCACCCGAUCAGCGGUAUAGCAAUCUCGACAACCCCUUGCAUUUCCAGAAUGAUUCCCCUACUGCUCCCUACAGCGCCACCCAUACUCUAGCGUCAUCCGCCCAUCCUCUAGACGACCCUGCUCGCUUCCGAUACAGUACCCUAUCCAGUGCGCGAUCCGCCGUCGGUGUUCCGCGCAGCCGCUUCAGCCGCACGAGCCCAGAAACUUCACCGCGCACACCGUCUGCUGCCGAGGAGCUGGAGCGUCGGUCCUCUCUCAAUGAUCCGCGCAUCAAUCGCCAUUCGGGGCUCUCUACAAUCCGAAGCAGCCGGCAAACUUCAAACUCCGAAGUGAUCGGGCGACCGCGAGCCGAUACAGAACGAUCGCGCGCUGAUGGAAGCGAGUCGACGUUGUCUAUCACGGCCCCAUCGACCGUCUGGGACGAAUUGGAUGAUCUCAAAGAUCGCAUCAAGAAGCUGGAACUGACAGGCAAACUGCCCGCAUCAUCUUCGGCGGCGAUGUACACCCCUACGAACGAGAGACCGCGGACUGCAAACACUACCAUUACCACCUUAUCCUCCUCACCAAAGCAACGCCGCAAAACCAGCAUCUCAGCUGCAGAUAUUGAACAUAACCCGGCGCAUCCGAUCCUGCAAUCCGCAUUGGCCAAGGCAAAAGCUGUUUUGAGCGGUGAAGUGUACACCUGCCUCGAAGCGACGAUAACCGAUGCUUUGAACCUUUCCACCGCGUUAGGCGUCAAUACCGCUCCGUCAGGCAGUGUCUCUGUUGUGAAUGGAGGAUACUCCUCGCCCGAACGACAUGCCCGCCGCAAAGCGGACAGUGUAUGUCGUAGCCUGACCGAGCUCUGCCUAGCCUUGACGGAUGAGCAGUUAAAGAGUGCCCGACCGUCCUCGAGCCGAGAGACAGUCGUGCAGCCCCAAUUAUCGAAUGGUGCAGGAGCCGAUGCUCGUAUGUCCAUACCAACGUAUCAGCGAAACGGGAACCAAGAGCCUGAAGGAGUUGAGCGGCGCCAUAGUACGAAUCGCAUGUCCAGUCGCCUUGAAGCACGUCGAUCAUCCGUGGUCAAUGCCAGCCCUGGAAACACGAACGAUAUCAAGCAGAGUCCAACACAAUCUCCCGGCAUGUCUAGCCCAGCCAGUCGUCUCAAUCGCAUGCCAAGUUCCCUCCGCAGCCGCAGGCUGACCAUUGGCGAGGAGAACGGAGAGACCGGAAGUUCACAUAGUCGUUCGAGUUCCAGAGUCAAUACAGAAAUACGCACAUCGCUUCCUGCGCAAGCCAUACCCCCUCCUCGGCAACGAUUCUCCCAAGGUCACACUGUGUCCCGCUCCAUUUCCGGUGCGCAGCAGGAACAUAACGGCUUCGGAUACUCCCCUCGCUCCCCACAAUACCAACCAUCACACCAAUACCAACAACCAUCCCACCUCCCCCAGCCGCAGGUGCAGUCAUCCCAGCCUCGGACACCGACUCUCUCGUCGAGUUUCUCAUUCCGCCGAAGCUACAUGAACCCUGCUACGUACACUCCUGCGAUAUCCCGCUCCAACAUCCAGGCUGGGUCUCGCCGUUACGGCCUAACGCCCAGCUUCUCUUCCAAUAACGUCCAGGGAUCUUCAGCCGAAGAGAGUCCGCGAUCACUCCAAAUGGAACCCUCCCAGACCAGGAUUUCGACCCCAUCAAGCAAAGUGGCAACCAGCUACACACCAAUCCAAACACCACGACUGCGAACGAACAGCUUGGGGGCCCGAAGAUUCGGUCUUCGAAAUCGUGCUCCGGCUACCCCCAAUAAUGCAAACCUCGAUGACAGCAUCGAUUAA